AUUUAAAUUUUUUAUUUUUGAUGAGCUUUCAUUUAAAGUCAUACUUCCUGUUGAGAAACUGAAGACAUCACUGGCCAUGUUAUCGUCAGGAGCUGAAUGUGUAUUCAUGGGUUUGUUCCUGUACAUCUCAGGGGUUGGAGCAAACAGCAUCUGUGCCUUAAAAGGUUCAUCAGUGGAUCUACACUGCUCAGCUCAACUUCCCAAAUCAAGCAUGAAAUGGUUCACUGUUCGCUGGGAGAACUGGGAGACGUUUUACGAUCAGCUCUUUGCAGACAGAAGACGUGUGAACAUAUCUGAAGAGAGCGACUACACUAUGACGAUCAAUGAUCUGAGAGAGAGUGAUACAAACACUUACUGUUGUGGUGAAGUUAAUGACAAACAACCUAAAUGCCAGGGUGGAGAAAUUCAGCUCGAUGUUGCAGACCUGCAGGUGAAGGUGUUUCCUGCCACUGGAGAAAAGACAGUGUCACUGAUGUGCAGCAGCAGUUGUCCUCUGACUGAAAGACCUGUGGUCUAUAUCUGGUACAAGAACACAGAGUUUCUCUAUGAGGACUCGUCUCCUUGGUACCAGGAGCUAAUCAGCAGCGAGGAAUCAGUCACAUACUCCUGUGCUGUCAAAGGCUACGAGCAUCUCAGAGCCCCUGAAGUCUCAGUGGCUUCUCUCACAUCAGCCUGCUUCACUGUGACCUAUGCUAAAGGCAGAAUGUGCUCAAAUCAGCAGAGACCAGAAGAUGAGCCGUGCUCCAUCACAUAUCCCAGAGAAAUACAAGUUCAUAUUCAAAAGACUGAGGAUUGGAGGCAUGUCAAACUGGCCUGUAACACCAGCUGUCCACAGACGGAAUCUCAUACCAUCACAUGGUACAAAAACAGACGAUUGGAGGAGGAACCACGAUUAGUUCUCAUCUCCUCUCCUGACUCUUACUCCUGUGCUGUAGAGCACUUGUUCUCUGAUGAAGUUUGUAUUCAGGAUCAAAUCUGCUCCAAAGUGAAUUAUGUCAACAGGAGGAUCUGUGCUCUGCAAGGUUCCUCAGUGAACAUCUCCAGUGAAUACUCGCAUCCUUACUACCUGCAGUCAGAGACUAAAUUGUGGUAUAAGAAUAGGAGAAGUGAUAUGGAGGCUGGUGAAGAGCUGAUAACGAAUACAAGUCGUAUUAAGUUUCAUGGAGUGAUGAACAGCCACAUCCUGACCAUCAUUAAACUGAACAAGAAUGACUCAGCAGAAUACAUAUUCAGAAUAGGAGGUGAUGCAGGGACAUGGUCGGCUGCUCCUGGGGUGACUUUGGUCGUCACAGAUCUGAGAGUGAAGUUUAGUCCUUCUGAGGAGGAGGUGACCGAGGGGCAGAGAGUCACGCUGACCUGCAGAACCAGUUGUCCUCUGACGGACAACAUGAACUACAUUUGGUACUUGAACAAUCAACCUCUGAAUCUAACAAAAACACAAAGCAAGUACCUGGUUCUAGACCCCGUCAGCAGUGAACAUGCAGGAAACUACUCCUGCAAAUUUAAAAUGCUCCAAAAGAGAUCUCUUCAAAAGAUGCUCAUUGUCCACAGAAGAAGAAAAUGGACUCAAGCAGCCAUAAGAAUCGUUGUUCUUCUUCUGGUUAUAAUAGCCACCUCCAUCUUCUUGUGGAUUAGAAGAAAGAAGACUUCCAUCCAGUCUCCUAGAACUGAAACCUCUGUCAACUUGGAGGAGAUAAGCCCAGGUCAAGUGUACGAGAACAUCUCAGCUCAACCAAUAGAGGAGGAUGAUAUUCUCUAAAGCAGCGUCCAACUCCCCAACAACAGAGAUGCUCUCUACUCACAAAUCCAGCCACAUCAGCCCCAAGAAGAAGAGCAAAGCCCCUAUGAUGUUGUCAGCUUUACACCCAAAACAACACCCGAGUAAACAUCUGUUAUUACAAGUGAUUCAGACUUUGUGUCUACUCAAAAUUAAAAGCAACA